AUGGCCAUGAAGGCUUUCCUCAACCGCAUCAACAGAGGCCUCUACAAGGAGAAGGAGAAGGAGAAGGAGAAGGACGUCGCCGUACGCGAGAAGAUACCCCAGCUUCCGCCUCUUCGUGAAUGGCCUCCGCAUCGUGCUCCGUCCACCGGCAGUAUCCUUGAUUCCUCCAAGCCCUUGCCAGAGAUAGCUCGUCCUUUACCGCCCAUUGAAGAGCCGUCGUCAUCUGGUUCUACCGAGUCUUCAUCCACACCGACCCCGAUAAAUACUACCGACCCACUUCUUGCUAAUAACGCUCUCGAGAGCAAUCCAAGCUCACACAGCAAGUAUGCCACCGUCGAUUCCACGCGAUCACGGCAGGAGCCCGACUCUACGGGCCGUAGCUCGCGAAAGACUACCAACGGCAGCAUGCUCAAUGGCACAACCGGUGACGUGCACAAGAAAGUUGCAUUCCUUUCACCUCCUCCUACCCCAGGACCCUGUAAUGACAGCGUCCUGCCUGACGCAGUGACACCUACACCCCCAAACGCGCCAACCAAGACGACCGUCUCACGCUUCCAGGCUACACAUGUUAAGGACACGCGUGGUUCUACAUCCACCAGUACGUCCUCACGAACCGACCUCGCCUCCACCAGCCGCUCCAUCAGACAAGUCCCAUCGCGCGCAGGCACGUCCCCAUUUCAGGGAAGGAGUUAUGGCGACGGCGCGUCCAUUCACCAGUCGCUGAGAUCAGGGACGCCGUACUCCCAGAUGUCGAAUUCGAGCAGCCGGAUUCUCGCCGCGCAGUCCUGGAGCGAGGUUGCAGAGGAUGACCUCGUGUCGAACAUUGGCCAACGUGAACGCACACGACAGGAAGUGUUGUGGGAGAUUGUUGCAAGCGAGGAAAGAUAUGUGGCCGAGCUAAUGAAGAUGAAAGAAACAUUCAUCGAGCCGCUCCUACACCCUUACUCUGCUCCUUCGCCGGUGUCAUCUCCGAACCUUGAUCAUGAUGAGUUUCCCCGUGCAGAUACUCCGCGCGAGUCGCUCGAACACCUACCUAUCGCUGCCCGCUUCCUUUCGCCCACUGGCCUUCGCUCAGACUCGCCUACUGCUCAGAUGCCCUCGUCACCGACUCGCAAAGACGAUGGGCAUCCGAACAUCGAUGGCGAAUCGACAUAUGCUGAGGACGAGGAAGCAGAAGACCGGAUGGGCGCUUCAUACUACUCUUCCCGCCACAAGGCUGUCACAGGCAUGAGCCAAGCAGCCAAGCAUAAUCACCCUCGGUCUCCAUAUGGGACGCGUUCUGGAGGCAGCAAGUAUGGCACGAGCGUUCCCUUCCCAUCGCGGUCCCAUCAAUCACUCCCUCCUCCACCUCGCAUGGACACGAUGACGUCGUCCACCCACUCGCUCGGUAGGCAGUCGAUCAUUGCAGAGCGAGAAAGGGAGCACGAUUACUCGGGCGGAUCAAAUACUCCUUCUGUCAGAGCCGCAACGGCAGCAUCAGGAGGCAGUAUGUUGCGUAAAUGGAAGAAGAGUAACACGACACCGGAUGCCAUCGUGACUUCAUCAGUGCCCCCGAGAGAGCUCCCGGAGGAUCUGCGGAAAUGUCUCGAAGUCAUUGAAGGUGGGAUAUUGGAGGGGCACGUUCGUCUGAGUGAGAAUCUCCGCAAGAGAUAUGAAGAGCAGUACCCUCUCGUACGAUCUCUAGCAGACGUAUUUGUGAACAACUCACACAUACUUCAAGGAUACGCGACAUAUGUUCUCCAUCUAGAAAGGGCGCUCGAACAGGUUGACAAUGCACUCUCUACAACAAGUGCUACCAAGAAACCCAAGAAGCAAGACGCGGACCAAUGGAUGAAGAUAUGCCAGAGCCUGCAAAGGCUCGAGGUUAUCGCGUCUGAGAAGGGCGAGACGGGACUAGCAAUCUCGCUAUCGAAGCCAUUCCAACGCCUGCUGAAAUAUCCCUUGCUCUUUCAAAACCUGCUCUAUCACACCGAUCCCAGCACGUUCGAAUAUGAAAGCACCCUUGCCAUGGUGGCCGAGGUGGAGACGAUCGUGAGGAGUAUUGAGGAUGAGAAGAUCCAGAAGGAAGAGCGAGACAAGACGCGAGAUGUGUUCGCACGAAUAGAGGGUCUGGACAAAGUGAAGCAGCUCAUGGUGCCGAAGCCGUCCAGGGUACUCAUGGAAGAGCGCCCGGUUGUGGGAAUAAAUCCUUUAGCCGAGCCUGUGAAGACGCAGUCAGCCCCUCCAGUGACGUCGGGAGCGCAUAAGAAUGUGAAGGGGAAGACAUCGUUCAAACGACUGAGCGAUGCCCUACAGCCGGGCAGUAGCGGAAUGAGAGGGAAAAAGGACCAAUGGUUCGUUGUAUUCAAUGACGUAGUACUGCGAUGUCAGAGAACAGGCACAACUUGCUUACCACUGGUGGCGGCCACGAAUUCGAGGACGAACUCUCUGCCUGAGCUGCAAGGCAAGACGAAGUAUGCGACCACGGGACGGCGUGGCUCGCAUACCAGGCCUCGCAAUUUAUACAAAUUUAUCAAGAUCGAAACAUGGGCGAUAGGAGAGGUUGUGCAGCCUCGUGAAGGCGUCGUCUCCAUGGAAGACGUCGUGCGCUCCCGGCAGCAAGCUCAUUCGGGCGUACAGCCUCGCAUCAUGCCUCUUCGUGACAACGAGGAUGAUGCUGGGGUUGACUCAGAUGACUCUGACAGGAAGAGCAAGAUGAGCUUCUCAUACUGGGGCGCUGACAAGGUCACGCUGCAGAAGCCACUCAAGCCCAGGCAGCUCGUCGCCAAUGCAGCGCGGCGAGGAGCGAAUGGCAACCUGACAACGGCGUAUGGCCGCGAGUCAUCCGCCAACGCCAAGUUCGGCACACGGCUAGUUUCUGGAGAGUCGCCAGUUACGGGUCGCCCUUCAAGUCGCCGGGCACAGACCACGCCAGGCGCGCGGCGGCACGCGCAGUCAGAGGAGGGUCAUUCUGUCAAGGCCACAGUCACUCGAGAUCGUCCAGCCUGGGAUGGCAGCACGCGUGCCGCAACAACUACCCCUGUUCCGAAACGGACUCGAAACGUGUCGCAGAGCAGCGCCGCGACACGGACGACGGUCGGUGCGAAGCAGCUGCCUUCGCCUGCGCCAUCAGAGGAUUCCGGUGUCGGUCUAUACCGCCAGAUCAUAGCCCAGAACCCUUCUCUCAAUGCAUUGAAUGCAUAG